UUGGAUCACUUCGAAAUACAGGAGGCCAAUUGGGUUGGACGAGAAGAUCAAGGUGGAACUAAUUGUCAUUGGCUGAGUUGCUGUUGAUCCCACCACUGGAGCUCGACUUGGCAAGGGCGAGGGAUUCGCAGAGCUUGAAUAUGUAAUGCUGCGAUAUAUGGGGGCCAUUAAUGACUACGCUGGUUGUCACUUCAGUGAAAGAUUGCCAAUUGUUCUACAAUAUCCCAGUAGACAAACUGCCGAUCCAUGAUGUCCCUGUCGACAUUAUAUUCACGCCGUCGCCAACACAAGUCAUAUUCACCAACACUGGCAUCCCAAAGCCUCGAGGGAUCUACUGGGAUAAAUUGCCUCCAGAGAAACUCGGCCAAGUUCUGAUAAGAAAGGAGCGCAAUUGGCGUAUUACUGGGUCGGCUCAGAGAGCUCAAGAGACGGAUUGAGAAGGAAACUGGACACAAACUACCUACUGGACCAUCAGAAAAACUACCCCCUAGUGCUCAGCGGAAGAAACGCAGAUAGAGUUAUGUAAUGAAGCCAUUUAACCGUUAGCAUAUUGUUUCUUUUAACACUAUAUAGUAUAGAGAAGGAAAUACACAAAAGAACAAUCGGAUUCGCAGCUAUUAUGUACACACCUAAAAC